AUGUUUGGUAAGGGUGUUACUAUUGACAUUGGAUACAGUCAUCAUCCACUAAAUCCAGCUGAGAUAGUUGAAUACACAUAUAGCUACGGUGGUUCCUCAAGUGAUGAUGUAAUUGUUACUGAGACUAAGAAUAAGAGCAGAUAUCCAGGAUAUAUAAAAUGUGAACACAAGCCAAACAAUGCUAACACAAUUGGGGCCAUAAAGUAUAAAGAUGAUGACCUUACCUUUGAAAAUGCCGAUAUCUCAAAAUACAAAAAUGUAACUGUUUAUUUUUGGGAAUGGGAUUUCGUCUACGCUAAUCCCCUGCUUGUUAAACUAGGAAAUGGUAAAUAUUAUGCCACCAAUGACAACAAAAUUUGGCGUGACUCCACUGCCUUUUUAAGACACGGUCUUAUAGGCUUUCUUGAUGGCAUGAAUUGUACACUGAAUAAAGCUCAUAAGAUAGAUAUAUUACAAAGGAAGCAAUAUAAGUGCCUAUCAACCACAUGCCCUGUUAAAAUUGAAGUAAAUCCACAUGGUAAAGUGGACAAUUCCGAAAAAUAUGUCCAAACCAUACCUGAAGAACCCAAUGGAUUUAGGAUUGGAAGUAUUACUCAUGGAAAAAAGAGACUCAGCAACGUCGACAUUCCUCAUGAACUUCUGGAAAGCUUAUCAGUAUUCUACCAUCCUGGGCAUACCUACUUACCAGUUCCACUAAUACUAGAAUUUGAAAAAUCUGGUUCUGAUGUAAACUAUGAAUACUUCAAUAGAAGUGGUACUGGAUGGGAAAGAACCUCUAUUAAACUUUCUCAACAAGAUAGUCAACUUCCGCCAGAUACUAGAGGACAAAGCUCCGAUAAAGGUGUUAAAGAAGAAUCCAAACAAUACAAGGAUAGUAAAAAAGUGGACAAACAAGAGAAAGAAAAUCCUCCUCUAGUCGCUCAAUCUCCUGUAAGUGGUAGAGAACAAGUCCCUGGUACUGAAGCUGGUAGUAGACAUGGUGGAGGUACUCACGAUACUGCUUCUGUAUCUGGUCCUAAAAAGGUUGAACCUCCUGUUGGUGGUGGAAAAGUUUCAGAAGGUAAAGGUGAUGAAGACCAAGCUGAGGUUAAAAAGGCAGAAUCUAAUAAAAACGUUGAAGAUUCAUCUGGAGAACAAGACGUUGGCUCUGGACUUCAAGAACAGGGUGGUAUUCCUAGCACUAAAAGAGAGGCUGAACAUGGAGCUGGUAACGAUGGUAAAACUGGACCUCAAGGACCUGCUGGUGGUAAUAAUAAUGAAUCGACGCCAAUACAUACUCAAGAAGGGGGAUCCAGUGAUACGACAGAACUGCCUAAGAUACUGGAGGACUUGAUUACUAAAUAUCUUCCAUCCAAUGCGAGUGAAAUAGCUGGUGGUGUUUUUGGAGGUUUAGUCACUGUAGGAACCGUAGGUGUUACUGUCUGGAAAUGGUCUUCUAUAAUGUCAUUUCUAAUCACUCGCUUGUAG